CAACGCUUUUCUUUCCUCUCAGUAGAAAGAAAUAGAAAGAGAUUCGACUAUUCGCUUAUUAUGCCUCUAAAGCAGUCGCUUUGGCCAUUAUUUCAACCAAAUUCUAGUUGAUUUGUUUCGAUUCUGAUCCUGAGUGGUCUGUUCUAUAGUUAAAUUAGAAGAUUUACAAUUGAUAAAUAUGGCUGAUACGUUAUUUAAAGCUCCUAGAACGAGGAAAUCUCCACGACAAGAUGACUAUGAGCCUCCUCCAUCAUCACAUUCUGGAAAAAGACCUAGAACAUCAGAAGAUUUCCUUCUUUUCUGCAAAUUUAUACUGGAGCAUGAAAACUAUGAAAUGCAGAAACAUGAGGAACUGAGAUCUAAAGCAAAUAGCCCAAUUGGAAGCACUGGUUCUGAAAGCGCCAAGUCAGAAACUCCAUCAUCCAACAGUGGUGAAGAGAGGAAAGUGUCUUCAGACAGUGAUUCAGAUGAUGGUGACAUAGAUGAUGGUUACAACACUGUGACGUGUUAUUGUGGUAAACCCUUUGCUGGCCGGCCUAUGAUUGAGUGCAGUCACUGCUUGACGUGGAUUCACCUAUCUUGUGCCAGGAUCCGAAGGACCAAUAUCCCUGAUGAAUUCAUCUGCGCCAAGUGCCGAGAGAAAGGAGUCACCCAAUUGACUAACCAGUCCUAACCCUUUCUUUCAUAUUUGAUAGUGUAUCUUUCAGUCUUACAUGGGAAGUUGGUUGUUCCCAGACAUUUGCCCUCAUCCCCUUUUGAAGAAAAGUCCCAAACUUUGUGAAUUGUAUGUGCGAUUCUCUACCUGCGACAUUUGGUGAAUUUCACAUUCAUUUAGCUAUUCAUAUAGAAAGAACGGAUAUAUUCACUGUUUCCCAUACUUGUAAAACAUUUUGAUGAUUGAUCGUUUGAAUUUCCCCUUUAUUAAAAAAAGAAACAAAAAUCGAAUGAGCGUGAAAUUCAUCGAAAAGUGCCCGCACAAGAAAAGAACCCACUGCCCAGUUCCUUCAAAGAAACAAAACAAAUGCCGUUUAUCAUGGUUCCAGUUUUUCUUAACUUCCAAAACUGUUCUAGCGAAUUGCUUUGGGUUCUUAUCUUCAAUUCUCUUGUUUUGGUUGCCCAUCUGACCCCAGCCGCAUAACUAAAGUUGACUAAAUGGCGCUGUCCAUAUUGUACAAAGUUCCGCCCCGUCAUCUCAUGUACGUUUUCCACUGAUGUGGUAUAUAACCUUUUGUUUUUUAAAAGAUUUUUUUUUUCAACAAAUUUUGGUGGAAAAGAAACUAGCCUUUUUUCGUUUA